ACGUAUGACAACAGAUUCAUAUUGCAUCUUGCUGGCCCCCUUUUCCUAUUUUAGUUUGCUUUUUUGCUUUUCCUUUCUCAUUCUUGUCCAACCCUAGCCCUACGGGCGCAUGCUAUGGAAUGCAUGGGUACCAUGGUUCAUCCAGCGCCCUGUGCGUUUUACUCCUCAUUUUCCAAAACUCCCUGCAUCCUGUUAUCAUACAAGGGUUUCUGCUGCUGCAUCGCUGAUUUCUCUCCAUUUGCAUGCGUGCGCUGGCGCCUAUACCAUAGCUAAUAGUAUCUUGGUUCCCCCCCAUAUCCAUUCCCAAAGAGGCAAUGACCUACGUGUUAUUGCUUAUGUUGUGCGAUGGGGUUGGUUUGCCACCGUCAAAGUGAUACACAUAGGCUGGAUCAUUUAUCCGACUGAGACACGAGUAAAUGUCUAGUCCCCUCUAUCUUUCUCCCCUCCCUUGAUUCGUUUCCGGGUCAUCUUGAUCUUAUAGGGUAUGUAGUUCUGCCUCAUUUGGGAUAAGUCUUGAUUCUGGUUUUGGGCAGAAAAGUCAAAAGAUAGAGAGGUUAGCUAGCUAGUUCUGGCCCUUCGUAUGUGUGGGGUAUGCACAGGGAUGGUCGUGAUGGUGAGUUCAUUUAACGGUUUCUUCUUACUUAUGUUACUGUGUAACGUAGAAGAUGCUGGGGGAG